AUGCCGCGACCCUCACGUGAAUCUUACGGUGAUCAAAAACCACCAUAUUCGUACAUCUCUUUAACAGCGAUGGCAAUAUGGAGCUCUCCUGAGCGUAUGUUGCCCUUGUCCGAAAUUUACCGGUUUAUUAUGGACCGGUUUCCAUAUUAUCGGCGCAAUACCCAACGAUGGCAGAAUUCUUUAAGACAUAAUCUUUCAUUUAAUGAUUGCUUCGUGAAAGUGCCACGACGUCCGGAUCGACCUGGAAAAGGUGCAUACUGGACCUUGCAUCCGCAAGCUUUUGACAUGUUUGAAAAUGGUUCCUUGCUUCGUCGACGCAAAAGAUUCAAGUUGCAGAAAGGAGAAAAAGACAAUUUAAAUGCAGAAUUAGCUGCCCUUGCAAGUUUUAACCGAGCUUUUCUUGCACGACAAGCUGGAGCACCACCACCACCACCACCCCUGCCGACCGCCAGCUUGUAUACACCAUCAAUGUGCCAGUUAAGUCCUGAACCUGCAGAGCUUGCCGAGGCUGUAACUGUCACAAUGCUUCCUAGAGAAAGACCACGUAGAGCAUUUACGAUAGAUGCUCUAUUGGAGCCAGAGCCUCCACGGGCAUCGCCGUCGCCACCCAACCAUAUCUUAGCGAUGCAGGUCGUUCAAGCGAUGCCCUCAUUAGAUUUCUCUAUGCCGUCGCCUUACGUGCUUGCAGCGCAUCGUUAUCAAGCUGAACUUCUGCAGGCGGCGGCGCAUGCUCUCCGUCCCUGCUAUCUCCCACCGCCGCCGCUACCGGUAGCG